GUGUCCCCAGUCCCCCACCUCUUGCUACGGCCCUAAAUGGCGUCUUUUGGAUGGAAAUAGAUGGAAGGAUCUAUAUUUGUAUAUGAAAACAUAAAAUAUGAAAAAGUAGCAGCAAAAUGAAGAUUAACGAGAGAGCCUGGGUCCAAACAAACAUCCAAGAUGGCGGGCGGAAAGCCGAACUGUCUUAUUGUUUGCAGCUCUGCCGUACAAGGUGUCUCUGCACAGUCCUUCAUACCUGCUCUGACUUUAACACACUCUGCCUUCAAUGUCCAGAUAGCCACCCCGAAGGGUAUUCAAGUGGAAUACACCAAUGUUGACGAAAGCAGUAGAAAAUGGCUCAAUGACUUCAGAUCAAAGCCUUUUUCUGUUCCUGGGAAACUGGAAAAUGUGGACGCGGAUAGAUAUUGUGCCCUCCUUAUCCCUAACUCGCUAGGAGCACUGCACGACCUGGCCCAUGACGACCAACUGGCAAAACUGCUCAAUUCCUUUAUCAAUGCAAAAAAGCCGAUUUGUGCAAUUGGGCAUGGUGUGGCGGGGCUUCUUUCUGCCAAAACAGAGUCAAGCAAGAGUUGGAGCUUCAAGGGGUACAGUGUGACUGCUCCUUCAGUAGUGGAGCUGUGCAGAACACCCGAAUUCUCAGGACUUCCAAUAAUCCUAGAAGACAGCAUCAAGGAUAACGGUGCUACUUACAGUGCGAGUGAGCCAGACUGUGUACAUGUUGUGAUUGACAGGCACCUCAUCACCGCCCAGAAUGACCAAUCCACGCUUCCUGCUGUACAGAAUCUCAUACUAUUCGCAAGACAAGGUAAAGCCAAGUCAUGAUGUUGCUGUUAUAAAAAAGAUAAAUAGUUAUCUUAUAGUAAAGCCAGUGUAUAUAUAGGUGGAGAGAGUAGACAUGGCGGAAUAAUGUCUCAAAAAAGAAGAAUUCCUUUAAUAACUGCAAACAAAAAAUCGAAUUUUUUGACACAAUUUUUUGUAAAGUGUGAUUAAUUUUUUUAGCUUUCAUUCCCGCAUUGAUAAAUCAUCACCAUUGUCAUUGGCAUCACUGUCAUCAUCAUUAAAAUGGUCAUGUACUUCCAGAAUCCUUAGUACAAGCACGACCAUAAACUAUAGCAGCAACUUUACCAGAACCACCACCACAAACAGUGACACCCAGCCAACACCAACUACUCCAUACUAAA